AUGAUCAACGGCUUCAGCGUUGGCGGGGGUCAACAGGUGACGCCAGCAGGUGCUGCAAUAAAAUUGCACUUUGCCUACAACAACAACACUAGCAACAUCAGCGGCAGCAGCAGCAGCAGUAGCAGCAGCAAUAACAACAACAACUACAGUGGCCUUAAAACAGCGGAGCAAAAAAUGAGCAACAACAACAACACUGGCGAAGUGCUGAAAAUAUAUGAGAGAAUGCGGAACACAAGUGGAGCAAGUGCAGCAGCAAGUGGCAGCCAAGGAUCAGGCAGCUUUAUGGAACUUUCUACUGCACCAGGAGCUGAUGCAGGAUCAGAAACUCUUCGGGCAGUUGGUUUCAUCCAAGGAUCAACCAUUUUCAGCAAAUCUGCAUCUAUCAGAGCACUUUCUCCCAAACUGGGAGGAGGAGGAGCAAGGCCAUCUGGAGUUAUCCAAGAAUCAGGCGUUUCUACGACUUCCAGAGGGAUUUCUACCGGAUCCGGAACUGUCCUAGAAUCAGCUACACCAAGGGCAAUUGGCAUUAGUCAAGAAUCUGGCAGUUUUAUGGACUACCAAACAGUAGCUCCCAGAUCAGCAAUCAGUUAUUCAAGAGCAGUUUGCAAAGCUGUACCAUUAAUGGGUGUUCGCAAACGAUCGGGAACUUCAACCCUUGGGACUGGAACAGGUGCUCCAAGUUGUAUUGCGGCGGUAAAGGGAGUUUCCCAAAUAGGAGCAAGCGGUCUUCGCUGGCUGCCCAUGCCCGUGCACAACGAGAAGUCGUCAAAUGCAGGAGGAGCCGAAACUAAAGUCGUAGACAGAGCAACAGAAAACUCUGGAUCACCCGUAGAAGCUGCAAAAAGUGCCUUAGCUAACUCUCAGCCGCAGCGCACGGAGGACCAAGAAAAUGCCUUUCGACGCAUCGAGGAUGUGCACAACUAUGCCAAGCUGCAGGACUACAGCAGCGACACCGACGACGAGGAAGACGAGGAGGAGGAAGAGCUCGACGAAGAGGAGGAAGAUGAGGAGGUGAUCCAGGUGCAGUUGCCAGUGCAACAAGAGAUCACACGCAUUCGUCGCGAAGCCGCCGAAGAGCAUGUGGACGUGGAUGUGGUCACUGUGCCGCAGCCGGAGCACGAUCAGGAUCGCCAUCAGGUGCAUCAGCAGCAGCAGCAGCAGCAGCAGGAUCAGCCAGCGGAUAACAUCCGGCCAGAGCACCAUGCCCGACGCCCCAUGAAUGCGUUCCUAAUCUUCUGCAAGCGACACCGCGGCAUUGUCAAAGAGCGCUACAAGACCCUGGAGAACCGUGCCAUUACCAAGAUACUGGGCGACUGGUGGGCUGCACUUGACGAGCAGGAGAAGCACUGCUUUACGGAUCUGGCGCAGCAGAACAAAGACGCCUUUUUCAACGCCAAUCCCAACUUUAAGUGGUACAAACUGCCGGCUCCGCCGCUGCGCACGCUGGCCACCCGUCCCAGCAAUACGGCUGCUGGUUUGUUCAUCCCCAGCGAGGAUCAGCAGCAGCAGCAACAGCAGCAGCAGCAGUUGCCAACUCCACUGCAACUGCAGUGGGCAGAGCGAGGCGAGAUACCGCGGGCUCUGCUGCGCCGCAACUAUUUUAAGCUGGCGGACGAAACGCAGAUGGGCGAUCUGAGCUCGCUUCUGCAAGUCCAUGUACAGGAGAAGGACUACGCCCUACAGCAGGUGCUUAGCGAGACCAGCCAGUUUCUAUCUGCCCACAUGCCCGGAGGCAAUCCGAAUGGAAAUGGCAGUAAGCGCUCCUUGCCGGACAGCAACUCUAGCAACUCCAGCGAGGAGGAGGCGGCUAACGGUGGAUCAACCAGCAAGAAGGCGAAAUCGUCGCGUUCCUGCAAGGGCAAGAUCUACCAGGAGCUGGUCAACUCCGGCCAAUUGACGGCUAUAGCUAAGAAGAGCAAGGCUCGUUCACCACCGGCGGGAAAUAUGGGUGGAAACUUCGUGGACAUUCCCUUAGAUGCGGGACCAAACACGCCGCCCGUUUCACCACCGGAACGCCAAGGCAGCAGCCCCGAUUCCAUGCAAAAGCAUCUGAGGACCGUUUCCGAGUCGAGCAGCAGUGGUUUUUUUGAUCUCGAGGAGAAGAUCAAGGAGCUGCCGGCCCUCAGCUUGGAUGCUUAUCUGCAGCGUAAGCGCAGCACCAAAAAGAAGAAGAAGUUUAGCGGCAGCAAGAAACAGAGGAAUUUAAGCAGCGCCAGUGGCGGCUCAGUGGCUUCUACUGCCGGAGCAGUAGUUGCUACAGACAAAGGAGCAGCCACUGCAGCCAGCGAGCACUUGGUAAGGAUUAAGCAGCAGCAGCAGCAACAGCAGCAACAACUGCAGGUCGUAGGCAGCCAGCGACGCAAGGCGCGCAAGGAGAGUAUUACGCGGCGCGAUGUUAGCGCAAUCGAGCAGGAAGUGGCCUCCAUUCUGCCGCUGACCAUCAACGGUAGCUACUACUUCAAUCAGAGUGGUGCACCCAAAGCGAUGAACGCAUCCGUCAUCUCGUCAUCGGCCUCGCCACCGCUAUCCUCGAACUCCUCGUCGUCGUCCUCGUCGCUCUCCUCGCAGGCGGCCUUCGACGUGACCUCCUCUACCUCAGAUCUACUCAUUCUGGCCGAAGUGGCCGCCAACCGCACUGAGCUGACCAAGUCCAACUAGCGCCAGCAGCACCACUGGCUGUCCAGCAUUACCACCAAAUAGUUAGCCCAAAUUCGAUUUCAUCGCAAACUGCAAGAUUUUCGUAAUGUGAUAAGGAUAUAUUUAACACAAAUUUACUUUCUUUAAAUUUUUGUUGAAUUGAUCCAAAUAUUCUCUUUUUUUUUCAACCCCAAAAAAUGGCAUAACAGCUUUUAAAAAAGAAGAAGUGCAUGCCUUAAAGGUAAAUCAUAUCAGCAUCUACAGCAGGGUAAAGGGAAUGCCAUUGAAAUGUUUAAAAUAUUUUAUGUUUUAGCCUCUUUAAAAUGCAUUGUUAUAUCAUUUUUUUGUUUUUAAGUCGUCAUCACUUUAAGAAAAACUAACGACAGAAUAUUCCCUUACAAAAGAGAAAAUGUCAAUUGAAAACUUAAAAAUUAUAAUGUAUACGCCAAGUUAUUGUCAUUAUGAUAGUCUUGCAGUUAAGAUAAGCACCCUUCUUCGAUUCUUACAAUGCUUUAAGCUAUUUGCUGGUGGUGCCACACGGAGAUGAAAAAACAGACAUUCGUUGAUCUACAAUUUAGUCAAUAAUAUUAUGUAAAAACAAGAAAGCGAGCCAGCAAAAGGGAAGAUGAGAAGAGAAGAGAGUCGGGACGGCAGCGAAUUAUGUAUUUUUUUGUUAUUAUGACGGCUGGAGAAAAUCCGCGUCAGUUUCACACGCAUAUAUAUCUAUAUAUUUUGUAUUUAGAUAACUUGUUCUGUUUUUUUCUUGUUAAGUUUCUCCUUUUAUCGGGCCGCGUUCGAUAAACAGCAAAAUUAGCAAAACCAACAGCCGAACGCUCAUUAAAUGUUAAUUAUUAUUAUUUCUUAUAUAUAGUCGUAAUUUAUUGCUAUAUUUGUCAAAACGCAAACAAUUUGCAAACAAAAAUAUAUUCAUUUUAAAGUGGAAA